AAUGGUAAAAAAAUUUUCUGAUAAAUAACUCAUUCCCCCUCUCCUCCGCAAUAAUAACAAUCGCCAAUCAAACACCAACACGCCAAAACACAGCACUUUAAACGUUUUACUGUACAGUUCGGUGAAAACCGUUGAUUUCUGACAUAAAUCAAUUGAAAUAUUAUGCUCAUCGUGUACCAGUUGUAAACGUGAACAAGAAAUGAGUAAAUUCGUUGUGUUUAUCGCCACUCUGGUUGUUCUAACCUCACUUUUCGCGAUUGUAACCUCAAACAAGAAGGAACAAGUGAGACAACGCCGGUAUCCGCCAUGCAGUGCAUGUAAAAUCUUUAUAAAUUCAUUCAAAAAGGGUAUGGAUAGAACGGCGAAAGGACAUCAUGCAGGUGGUGAUACAGCUUGGGAGGAGCAAAAGUUGGGUUCAUACUCAAAAAGUGAAAUUCGAUUAGUAGAAAUUCAAGAAAAGGUUUGUUUGGAUGUAGAGGAAGGACGUGAUCAAUGUUAUGCGUUACAUGAAGAACAUGAUGCGAUUAUUGAGGAGUGGUGGUUUAAUCUACAAGAUGAAAAGCCAAAUAUUUAUGAGUAUUUUUGCAUAGAAAAGUUACAACAUUGUUGUCCUGACCAUCACUAUGGUGCAAAUUGUACUCCUUGUGCUGGAUUCCCUGAUAAUAUUUGUAAUAAUAAUGGUAAAUGCAAGGGGAGUGGAACUAGGAAGGGUAGUGGGCAAUGUGCUUGUGAUGAUGGAUAUGCAGGGGUCACAUGUAAUGAGUGUGAUAAUAAAUCUUAUGAAGCUUAUCGUGAUGAUAAGAAGCUUUUAUGUUCACCUUGUCCUAUAUAUUGUGAUGGGGCUUGUACAAAAGAGGGUUGUGAAAAAUGUGCGCCUGGUUGGAUACCUGGUGCUGAACCAGGAACUUGUUUGGAUAUCAACGAGUGCGCUGGACCUAAACCAGUUUGCACACCUCUCCAAUUUUGCGUUAAUACUGAUGGAUCUUAUAGAUGCCUUGAGUGUGAUAAAGCUUGUACUGGAUGCAUUGGUGAUGGUCCCGACAUGUGUUUGCGUUGUGCCAAAGGUUUUAGGAUGGUAGAUAAGAUUUGUAUUGAUGAAGAUAAAGAGAAUAGACAUAAUUACGUUUAUUGGACCAGAAUAAUAACCUAUCUUGGUUUAUGUGUUUGUACCUGCAUUAUUUUACAGCGCAAUGUUGUACUUGCUGGAAUUAUUGGGUUGUGUGUUGCCGUGUAUAUUGCAGUUUCAGAAUAUAUACUCAACUCUCCACCUACACCUAUAUCAGCGGAAAUUCCUCAAAGAUUCUUCCAAGAUUCGUGAUAAGUUAAAAAAGAUUUUUCAUUCAUUCCUAUUCAAAUUUAGCGAAUGAACCAAUUUAGUGAUUUUUUUUAGAUAAAUUUUUGAGUUCAUAAACGACUGUGCGUGUAGACGAAUAAAUGUAUUUAUUUUUUGUUAUGUUUCUGUUUUUUUUUUGUA